AUGUCUAAUAAUUUGAAUAGAACUAAUUCAUCAAUUGUUAGAACUCAAAAUAAUACAAAUCAAAUAAAUAAAGCAUUAAAUGCUAUUCAACAAAAACGACCUGAAUCAAAUCCAAAUCAAGAUAGAUCAUUAUUUACUACUGAAGAUGGUGAAACUUAUUCUACAAAAGAUAGAGCAAUUACUUCAAUAGAUCCUCCUGCAACUUUUAAACCUUCCAAUGAACAAGUCUUUUUAAAAAAUGGUUUACCAAAUUGUGAUUUUAUAAAAGAACAUUUUAUUAAAGAAGGUAGAUUACAAGAAGAUCAAGCUAUAAAAAUUAUAAAACAAGCCACUCAAUUAUUAACAUCAGAACCUAAUUUAUUAUCUGUACCUGCACCAGUGACUAUAUGUGGAGAUGUUCAUGGACAAUAUUAUGAUUUAAUGAAAUUAUUUGAAGUUGGAGGAGAUCCAAAAUCAACAAAAUAUUUAUUCUUAGGUGAUUACGUUGAUAGAGGUUCAUUUUCAAUAGAAUGUUUAAUUUAUUUAUAUUCAUUGAAAAUUACUUAUCCUAAUUCAUUUUGGAUGCUUAGAGGUAAUCAUGAAAGUCGUCAUUUAACUGAAUAUUUUACAUUUAAAAAUGAAUGUCUACAUAAAUAUUCUCAAAAAUUAUAUGAUGAAUGUUUAACAAGUUUUAAUGCAUUACCAUUAGCAGCAAUUAUGAAUGAACAAUUUUUUUGUGUUCAUGGUGGAUUAAGUCCUCAAUUAACAGAUUUAGAUAGUAUACGAAGAUUAAAUAGAUUUAGAGAACCACCAACAAAGGGACUUAUGUGUGAUUUAUUAUGGGCAGAUCCAAUUGAAGAAUAUGAUGAAGAUAAUAUAGAUACAGAAUAUUUAAACAAUGCAGUAAGAGGUUGCUCUUAUGCUUUUACAUAUAAAGCUGCUUGUAAAUUUCUAGAUAGAACAAAAUUGUUAUCAGUAAUCAGAGCUCAUGAAGCUCAAAAUGCUGGUUAUAGAAUGUACAAAAGAACUAAAACAAUGGGAUUUCCAAGUUUAUUAACAAUGUUUAGUGCACCAAAUUAUUUAGAUAGUUAUAAUAAUAAAGCAGCAGUUUUGAAAUAUGAAAAUAAUGUUAUGAAUAUUAGACAAUUUAAUGCAUCACCGCAUCCUUAUUGGUUACCACAUUUCAUGGAUGUAUUCACAUGGUCAUUACCAUUUGUUGGAGAAAAAGUAACGGAUAUGCUAGUUAGUAUAUUGAAUGUUUGUACGGAAGAAGAAUUGGAUGAAGAAUUACCAUUUACAGAAUCCCAAAUUGGAGUUAAUAAUGUUGCUUCUCCACAAGCAAUACCACCUUCUUCAGAGGAUGCAGUCUUAACAAUGGAUGAAAAGAAAUUAGCUUUAAGAAAUAAAAUAAUAGCUAUAGGUAAGAUGUCAAGAAUGUUUCAAGUAUUGAGAGAAGAACAAGCAAGUGUUGCUCAUUUAAAAGAAUUAAAUAGAGGUCAAUUACCAAAAGGUUCAUUAUUACAUGGUAGAGAAAGUUUACAAGAUAAAAUAUAUUCAUUUGAAGAAGCAAAAGCUGCAGAUAGAGUAAAUGAAGCAUUACCACCAAGUUAUGAAGAGAUGAAAAGAGCUGAAGAGCAAAGAGGUCAAAGAUUGAAAAAUAAAAUGGAAUAUUCAGAAAGUAACUUUAAACAUUAUAGGUGA